CAUAGCGUUUGGUAGCAUCGACGCCUCCGAGUCAGCAUGAGCAACGGCCCGCUACCUCCCGAUGUUCAGGCCGUGCGCAAGGCUCGCUGGAACAGCGACAUGAUCAAGCUCUGCUCCACGCCCAAAGGCAUCCACACUCACCCUACGGCGCAGGGUAUCGGACUGUACACCCACGUAGCAGGUCCUAAGACAACAAGGAUGAACCCACACUUUGCCUCCGCCGAUAGCGUUGAUGGGGAAGUUGCAUUGUUAACUCUCGGCGGACCACGACAGAUUCGAGCUCGCAGAUACCGCGAGCCACCGAACGCAGAGUUAAUGGCGUUAUACAAGGAGCUCCAAGAUGCUGUGCAGGCAGAGGAAAAGAUCUGGAGCGACCAGAGGAUUGAAGCGGAGAAGGCAGGAAAUUCAACAAAAGGCGUGUACAGGAUGAGUCUCGACACCUUAAACAAGAAGUACGGCGACAUCAAUGCACGGUCAGCUGCAGAUGCGAUACCACAGGUCAAUGAUGGGGAUCGUGACACACGCAGACACUCAGGGGCAGCAACUACUACAACCGGUGGAUCGUCAAGGGAACGAAGAGUCAGCUUCGCAUCACAACCAGACUCUCGACGGCAGACUAUUGGAGACAUUCUCGCGGCUCGCAGGAACUCGAUUUCGGAGAGGCGAGGAAGUAUCUCCAGCAACGAAUACCAUGAAGACCGUGACCCGCGACGACGUGGGAGAUAGAACGGUGAGAUUGGCAAGUAUGGCGAAUAUGACUUAGGGACAUAGCAUGACGUUUACGGUACCGGCGAAAUACCCAUUGUAGUGUCCUUCGGCAACGGACAGGUCGAAUAAAUCGUGUUCUUACUCAGUCCAUGUCUAUUGCAAUUGAUGAUGGCGCAAAUUAUCACUGGUCCGCACACGCUUAGAAGGUGCUCGAUACAACUCGCAAGGGCUCCAUUUAGAUCACGGCAACCAUGUUCGAACCCUUUAUGUAUACAACAGCGCGUACGAGUGGGGCCAAGUUGGUGGACAGGACGUGUGUACUCUGAGCAA